GACUAGCUCUUAAUCUAAACUUAAUUGGGGCAUGGUGUGGUGUUGCCACAAAUCAUUCAGCUAAUUAGCCUUCACAUGAGCAAGUUUGGACUCUGAUAAUCAGACAGUUUAACUUAUUUGUUUUUUUUUUGUUUUUAAUUCUUGGGUAACAUGCUCGGAGAAUGAAAGGGAUGAGGGAGCAUAUGGGAAAUGGGUGGAGGUGUUUUAAGAUGCUCUUCUAGAUUUGACAUUUGUUUCUCUCUCUCUCUCUCUCUCUCUGAUUAUGUUAUUUUUGUUUUUUUGUAGAGUCGUGGAAUCAUUUUCUAUUUUUCUUUCUCUUUCUUCUUCACUCCACCUCUUGCUCUUCCGAGCCUCGCGUUGGAUGACUAGAAAUAUAAAAAGGGCAUCAAAGAAAACAGAAGUUUACAUUCAUCAGGUUUCAGCUGUAGUAUUUUUGAACGGUAAGCAACCCAUUUCUUCUUUCGUAAAAUUUUUUUCAAUCCUUUUCAGCUUCCCCUGUUUUCAGAUGUGGGAAGUCUUUGGAGAGAGACAGCCAGCGUAGACUCCCCAGUUGAGACAACAAAAGGGUCAUUCUCUUUUCCACCUUCUUUCUUCUGUGUUUCUUGAUUAUUUGAGAGUUGUAGUUACUUCAGAGAGAGAGAGAGAGAGAGCUAAAAGGGGUUUCAAGAGGCUGGGAUAGGUUGCCUCUGAUCCACGGAAGUCAAGUGUUAUGUGAAAAGAGGUUCAUCUUGGAGGGGUUUCCUUGUGACUCUUGGGGCUAUGACUUUCCUGGGUUUUUUCUCAUGACCGCCCUUUUCUUUUCUGUUUCUCUUUCAUGUGUUUGGGGAUAAGGGGGUUGGCUUUCAUUCUGAUUUCUUUGUAUUAGUUUCUUUUCUUCCUGAAUUUGAAGGUUUUUAUUUUUUUUAAAUGGCUGUUUCUCUCGCACUGUAGUUGAUAAUUGAUGGAAAUGGGUGGAGAAGAGUCCAACCGGAGGAGAGGGAGUUGAUACUUGAUAGGGCCUGCUAGACGGUUCUGACUUCUGACCAAUCUAGUUAGGGGUAAAAAUUUUCCUCAAAACGGAAAUUUGAAUCCGUUGCUGUUCAUCAGAUCUGCCCACCCAUUUCCUUUUCACUGCCUUUUAGUUUAGCUCAUCUUGGUGGUGUAAUUAUCCGCAAUUAUUGGCUGGUUAUUGGGGUUGUUAGGCAUGGAAAAUGGCCAGUGGAAACCUACCACUUGCGUUCCAAGAUCAUUCCUGAUGAUAGAAGAAGGUGAUGGAUGGAUUAGUUGAAAAAUGACAGGUUGUUUAACUUUUGAGGGGGCUGAGAGUUACUUCUCUUCCUACCCAGAUAAGGAUUUUGAUGGAGCAGAUGUCUCCGGCGGUUGCAGUGCCAUUUAGCCUAGGUAAUUCGAACUGUGAAAAAAACCCAACUUUAGCUAACUGUAUGGAUAUUACUAGACUUAAGCUCAUGGCGGAUGCUACAGAUUUGUUGUCAGACUCUGCAGCUAAGGUUUCUGCGGAGUCCAUUCCCUGUGGAGAUGAGGAUUGUAGUUGUGGGGAUUUGCAUAAUGAGGUUGGUAUUAUAGGGGUGUCAGUGCCGGAGAAAAACUGCAGGGGAGGAACUGCUUUGUUGGGUAUGAUAGCUGAGGACGAAAGCAGUUGGGUUGCUAGUGAUACCAUAAUCCUGGAAAAUGGGGAAGAUGAUUCAUUGUCAGUGGAGGGUGAUAAAAUCCCUGAUAGCCCUUGUUCUCUAUCUGUUGCAAGUGAGACUAGUAGCCUAUGUGCUGAGGAUUUUUUGGCUUUUGAGGCUAACUCUGUGAUUGAAAGACAAAGUUCUGUUGACAUUGAGAAUAGCAUUUGCAGUGGUGAGAUUGUUGCAAAAGCCACUGAUCUGGGGGAGUCAAAUGUUGAGCAAGAGACCCUGAAUGAUCCCCCUGCUGCAGCAACAAUCCUUGAGGAAGUGGUUCAAGAUGGGCCUGAUCCAAAAUCAUCUGCAGUUGUGCUUCAGUUGCCUUUGGAGAAAGGGUUGAGUGGAGCUAUUGGCCGCAGUGUUUUUGAGGUGGAUUAUGUGCCCCUUUGGGGAUUUACAUCUGUGUGUGGAAGGAGACCAGAAAUGGAAGAUGCAGUUGCUACUGUACCACAGUUGAUGAAAAUUCCCAUUCGAAUGUUAAUUGGUGACCGGGUACUCGAUGGCUCUAGCAAGUGUCUAAGUCACCUAACUGCUCAUUUCGUUGGAGUUUAUGAUGGCCAUGGUGGUUCUCAGGUUGCAAACUAUUGUCGACAUCGCAUGCAUUCCGCGUUGGCUGAGGAGAUGGAGGUUGUUAAGGAAGAUCUGAGGGUUGGAGGUACAAAGGAUAAUUGCCACGAGCAUUGGCAAAAAGCAUUCACCAAUUGUUUUCUUAAGGUUGACUCGGAGGUUGGGGGAAUAGGCAGUCUUGAACCUGUUGCACCAGAAACUGUUGGUUCUACUGCUGUUGUUGCCAUUAUCUGUUCAUCUCAUAUCAUAGUGGCGAACUGUGGAGACUCAAGAGCAGUUCUUUGUCGUGGGAAAGAACCAAUGGCAUUGUCGGUGGAUCAUAAACCUGAUAGGGAAGAUGAAUAUGCAAGGAUUGAAAGAGCUGGAGGCAAAGUCAUACAAUGGAACGGGCAUCGUGUUUUUGGUGUUCUAGCAAUGUCAAGGUCUAUUGGUGACAGGUAUUUAAAACCUUGGAUUAUUCCAGACCCAGAAGUGAUGUUCAUUCCCAGAGCAAAAGAAGAUGAAUGCUUAGUUCUAGCUAGCGACGGCUUAUGGGAUGUCAUGACAAAUGAGGAGGUAUGUGAUUUGGCCCGAAAGCGGAUACUUCUUUGGCACAAAAAGAAUGGUGUCACGCUUCCCUUGGAAAGGGGUGACAGAAUUGAUCCUGCAGCUCAAGCGGCCGCAGAGUGCCUUUCAAACCGCGCCCUUCAAAAAGGGAGCAAGGAUAACAUCACUGUGAUAGUGGUGGAUUUGAAAGCUCAAAGGAAGUUUAAGAGUAGAACAUCAUGAUAAUUUCAACCCUGCAUUCAACUUCUUGAUUCAACUGUAUAAUAUAAAACUUUACGUGGUUUGACAUAUAGCCUAUAACCCAUCUGUUUUUCACCUGGGCUUUGUGGCUUUAAGGGAGUAGCAGUAUGUGUCCCAUAUAAAAUGCACCAUCCUCGUAACCUCCAUUGUUCUAGGAAUGUAAAUCUUAGCUGCUUGUAGUAGUAGGGGUUUAGGGAGCCCCGAUUCCCAUAUGCUUUGAUCAGCAAUGGGAUUGGGCCAAUUGUAUUUGUUAUGCCUCUUAGCGAAAAUGCUCCAUGAGGUAUGUUCCUUCAUAUUAUUUUCACCAUGUGAUGCCUUGAAGAAAGAAAUUAGCACAUUUGGGAGAUAGGUAAUGAAUUGAUGUUAAUGAUAUUAUUGAUGGAUGAUUUUUUU